GUCGCUGUCAUUGACGAAAUUUCCUGGUGUGAGUGAGUCUCGCUGGAUAUCAACAACAGAUUGAAACAGACCACAAAUGAUGAUUUGCUGUUCGCAUGCAAUUCUAAUCUGCAGUAACGCUGGAAAUAACAUCUGACAGCUAGGGGAAUCACAUUCGUAGAUCAAUGUGUCUGCUCGGGCAUUUUACGCCGGAUUUCUCACCGAGCUGGUAGCAGGUGGAGAGGGAGCGGGGCGAAGCUCGAAUAUUCAUGCUUUCCAGUUAAUGAAACUCAAUUACGAAUUCCGUGCAAGGGUUGCCACCCGCCAUGUUAAGAUAAAGACACAGAUCUCUGUGUUGAACAUGCUAAAGCGACUGGAUAAGAUAAGGUUCAGAGGACCGAAGCGAGAUGAGUUCCUGGACCUUGCCGAGUCCCCCAACGCAUCUGACAGCGAAUGUAAUGACGACAUCCCAGUAAAACACCGGAGCUCCAUCAAAGACACGGAAGAGCAGCGAGACCCUGCUGGUUCGGGGACUCUCACCAUGUCUGCUCCUCCCAUCCAGGACUACAAAAUGUGUGAUUCAGACCGACUCAAUGAGGUCAAAGGUCAUCUGGAGAUAGCCUUACUGGAAAAGCACUUUCUUCAGGAGGAGUUGAGGAAGCUCCGAGAGGAGACAAAUGUCGAGACCCUGAAGCUGGAGCUGGAGAAAGAGAAAACGAAAAGAGUCGAUCUCGAGCAGAAAAUGAGUGAAAUUCUCAGAUCCAGACUAGAAGAUUCACCACCUCCACCUCCAAAGCCACAAGUCACUUCAGUCAAUGGAACAGGGGACAAACAGAAGGAGACCUUAAGCUCUCGGCUGUGGAAAUGGCUCUAUGAGCGCUUUGGUGUUUAUAUCGAAGACUUCCGCUUUCAGCCUGAGGAGAAUACAGUCGAGACUGAGGAACCACUAAGUGCUAAAAGAUUAACUGAAAAUAUGAGACGACUCAAACGGGGUGCUAAACCUGUAACUAACUUCAUGAAGAACCUUUCUGCCUUAUCCAGCUGGUACUCUGUCUACACGUCAGCCAUCGCCUUUAUUAUCUAUAUGAAUGCUGCCUGGCAUGGCUGGGUUAUCCCCAUGUUUCUAUUUUUAGCCAUUCUGCGGUUGUCCUUGAAUUACCUCAUAGCAAAAGGUUGGAGGAUACAGUGGAGCAUUGUGCCUGAGGUGUCCGAACCAGUGGAACCUCCGAAGGAAGAUCUUACGGUCUCAGAGAAGUUCCAGUUAGUGUUGGAUGUUGCACAGAAAGCACAGAAUCUAUUUGGAAAGAUGGCAGACGUAUUGGAAAAGAUCAAAAAUCUGUUCAUGUGGGUGCAGCCUGAAAUCACACAGAAACUGUAUGUUGGUUUGUGGAUGGCCUUUAUCGCUUCCUGUUUACUGCCAUAUAAACUCAUGGGGUUCAUGAUUGGGAUCUAUGCCGGCAUCAAAUUCUUCAUCAUCGACUUCAUCUUCAAAAGCUGCCCCAAACUGAGGGACAAGUACGACACACCCUACAUUGUAUGGGCCAACUUACCCACAGACCCGCAGCUCAAAGAGCGUAACAACGCCACACUGAGCAGACGGCUGUCUGGGUUUGAAAAGCAGAUCCAGCCGACGGUAGCACGUGGCAGUCAAUCGGCUGGAAUGUCAUGUGGGAUGGGCCGUGAGGAGGAAAGCGGACGGGCCUACAACACCAAGAGAGGCCCGUUUCAUGAAGUCUUCAACUUGUCUGAAAAUGAGCGCCCCCUGUCAGUGUGUGAGAACGGAUGGCGCUGUUGCUUGAUCAACAGGGACAGGAAAAUGCCGACUGACUACAUCCGCAAUGGUGUCCUCUAUGUCACAGAAAAUUACCUGUGUUUCGAGAGCUCCAGUUCCCGGGCGACUUCCUCGAAAAAGAACAAAGUCAUCAAGCUUCAAGACAUAACAGAAAUUCAGAAGUAUAAGGUGUUGUCAGUAUUGCCUGGAUCUGGGAUGGGGAUCUCAAUUACAACACCAUCUACUCUAAAGCCUCUAGUGUUUGGUGCCAUGAUUCAUCGGGACGAGGCCUUCGAUGCCAUCCACACUCAGUACAUGAAGAUCAUAAAUACCACAGCAACUGCCACAGUCACAAACCCAGAGACAUAGCUGGAUCAACAUAUGACGUAAGGUAGUCCAUAAGGCAGCCCUAACCUUAAUGUAGCACUAUCCUAACCGCUAUAUGGAGAAGAUGGCUUCCAGAAGUUGUCUGCCCAGUCUCCAACCCAAAACAAUGGAUUUGAGGAGGAGAAACUGCAAAAAAAAAACAAAAAAAAAAGUUUUUCAUAUCCUCUUUUAGAUUACAUGCAAGUAUUAGGAAAGGGUGUUUUAUAUAAUGUUCUCUCAAAUGGCGUAAUAUAAUCUUACACAAGUGUUUGUCCGGAUGGGUCUUAUUUUAUAAGGUUAGGGGUUGGUUGUGGUUUGUUUGUCCUGUGUCCUACAACAGUGAAAUGCCACUUCAGAACAGGAGCUGGUACUCCUUUAUGUCUCACGGAGGGUGAUCUGUGUGUAGUCAGACCAUAUAACCAUCUCUGAGCUUACCGCCAUUUUCACUUAAUUGCAUCACCGCUGGCCUUGCACAAAGAAACACAGCACUUAGUGUUGCUGAGAGCUUUUAGAUGUGAUUUAGGGGGAAAGGAACAGACUUAACCGUCAACCGAAAUCCAUAUGCGCAAAGCAGCUCACAACUGCCGACCACACCGUUCCUUGGGACGCGCCAACUUUCUCUUCGUUAUUUGUGAUACUUGUAUUAACUUAUGACAUGAAAAACAACCUUACAUUUGAAAGGAAUAAUUCACAUACAAAUGAAAAUGUAGCUGUUUACUCUCAUAUUGAUUUAAACUCAUAUGACCAACUUUAUUACGUAAAACAAAAAAGGAGAUAUUUAGGCAGAAUGUCCAAGCUGCCCUUUUCACCCAAAAACGAAAAUUCUGUCAACAUUUACUCGCACUCAAGUUGUUUCAAAUCUUCUGUGGGAUGCAACAGAAGAUAUUUUGAAGAAUUGUUUUUCUUUUUCCUUUCAUACAAUGAAAGACAAUGGGGUCCAAAACAACACUGGACCCUACUGACUUUCAUUGUAUGGAGAGAGAAAAAAAGUUUUCAAAAUACCUCCUAUUGUGUUCCACAUAAAAACUCAUACAGGUUUGAAAAAAUGAUUAAAUAUUAAAAUACUCAUACUUGUUUGGAUAAACAUCAAGGUGCAUAAAAAAACUUUUUUUUUUUUUUUUUUUUUUUUAAUACUUAAAGCACAAAAAUAUCACCGGUCUUACUCAUUAAAUGAAUGUGCACAAAUAAAAGACUGUUCAAACUAAGCAGGAUUUAGCUGGUCAUGUUAAUAUAUUAAUUCUCAUUCCUCGUCAUUGAGCCCUGACAUUAUUGAAGUAUUUAAUGCCUUUUUGAAUAUGGUUAGUUAAAUGUCUUAGUUUACUAAUAUUGUACCCCAAAAUAAGAUCUGAUUACUGAAGAAAACACAGGCUAACUUCUCUAUGUAUGUAAUAUGUUAUGAUUCUUCUAAAAGUGUGCGUAGGCAACUCCAAAUUAACACGAUACAUAAAAGUACUACUUUGUUUUACUCAUUCAUAACCUGUAACUUUUGACUAUGCAGAUUUUAACAGCUCCUUUUGGAUUAAAAGCAGGUCUUUUCUUUCUUAAGUGAGGAGAGGUUCUUACAGUAUGUCAUGGUUUUCUGGUUUAUUUGUCCCCAACACUUUUUUUUUUUUUUUCUUCUCUCUUUUCUAAUGUUUAUGCAUUUCAAAAUGUGCUGUGCUAAACUGCACUUUAGACAGUCACUUAUUCUUUUGUCUUAUCCGUUUCAAGCCUUGUUUCUCACCUGCCUUAUUCUGCCUUAUUUUAUUUUGUUCUUUAGAGCCAUUUUGCCACUUGAAAUUUUCUUCAAAUCAUUUUGAGUCAGUAUAUGCCUGUUUACCAAGUUUUUAAAAGGCACUUUUGGGCUUAAUAAAUGUAUGGCCACUUACAUAGUGGAAGAGCAUUUAGUUAGAAUAAAUAUGACGGUAAUAUUGUCUGUCCAGAAGAGUAUGUAUUUGUGAAAACAUGAAUAGUGCACCUCGGUUUUAUUAAUUUCACCUUUUAACAUUGUUCUAAAAUCAAAUUCCAUUGAUUAUUAAUUCUUGAAGUGGAAAAAUUUACCACCAAUGAUUGUCAUUUGCCAAAUAAAUGUGUAUUGUUGUUUGCACUCUGUUUCUGCCCCAGAACAGUUUCGUUUACAGACAUUUUGUGUUUCGCGAUAGGCUAGUUUGAUCCCUGGAGCAAUGGGGGCAUGAAAAUUAGCCUUUGUUGCCUGUGAUGAAUGUUGAAGGAGCUGGAAAAUCGUAGUUUUUAAAUGCCUUGUUGAAACAUUUUAUUCUUUUAUUUUGCAUUCUAACACAUUCUUCAUCCAGCUUUAAGAAAUUGAUUAUUGUUCCCUGGAAGUUGUUGGCUGUAGCAUGAAAGGGUGUUGUUUUUAUAUUCUUUCACUCAGUGUAUUACUCUGUUCAAGUCGUUUUACUUAUCUGUUUAGUUGGUUGUAUAGCCCACAGUUGUCACAAUCACAUUUACAUUGGUACGGCCACCCAACAACUGGGUUUAAUAGAUUUUGCAGAGGAAUAACCACAGUAAUUGGAGUCUAACUACUCAGAGACUUGAGUAAAUCUGAAUGUGACUGGAUGUUUGUUUAUCAAACAUUUGUAUUUACACUGGAUGUACAUGUCUGGUAAACUCUUUCCUGCUUUCCUCUGAUUAGUCUUAACUGGAGACGAAAUAAACUCGGAGUUCUUUGUAA